AUGAGGGGGUCCAAGAACCGUGAACUAUCCCUGGAUGGUCGCUGGAUGGUCACCAAUGCCAACCAAUCAAUCUCCGUGCCCGGUGACAUUCCUGGUGGAAUCUACACGAUUCUUCAUAGUAACAAUGUCAUCCGGCAUCCGUACAACGAUUUCAACGACGUGGACUAUGCUUGGGUGGCCAUGGACAACUGGACCUUCUACAGGACGUUUGACGUCUCAUCUGGCGCGCUUAAGUGCAAGAGGAUCAACCUAGUGGCGCAUGGGCUGGACACGGUCUGUGAGGUCAGAGUGAACGGCGCCCUUCUCAUCUCCUCCACCAACAUGUUCGUGAGACAUAUGGCCGACGCCAAGCACGUGCUAAAGGAGAAAGAAAACAAGAUAACGGUGCAGUGUGAGUCCGCAGUGAACUAUGCGUUGCGCCAGCACCAGCUUCAGGCUAGCUUCUACCCUGUGUAUCCACUGUGCCCGCCCUCGCACCACAAGGGCUACUGCCACGGCAACCACAUCAGGCGCGUCCAGAGUGGAUUCGGCUCGGAGGUGGGACCAGCCUUUCCGUCGCAGGGUAUCUGGAAACCGAUCAACCUCGAACCUUACAAUGAAGUGCUCAUCCGUGACAUGACAGUUGUCCCCACAGUGGAAGUGUUAGAGAACGGGACCGAGCAGUGGUCUCUCAGCGUCACCAUCUACGCCGAGAUGGCCUCCGACGAGGCGAGGAACGGUACGCUCCUCUUCACUCUGGACGGACACAAGUUGGGCGGCUACAACGACGUUCAUCUCGAAAUCACAGCGAACACCGAAAGAAAGCUUUCAUUUGACCUCAAUGUUCCUCUGUCUUUGAAUGUAAAGAGAUGGUGGCCUAACGGCUACGGAGAGCCCAGUCUCUACACUCUCGAAGCGGUUAUCGCCGUCAACGGCGAAACACACACGAAAACCGCCAGGUUCGGUUUCAGAACGGUGAGACUUGUGGAGGACCUUCUCGGUAAAAAGAAGAACGGAGCGGAGUUCUACAUCGAGGUGAACGGCGUGCCUAUCUUCGCCAAAGGCAGCACUUGGAUUCCCGCGGACAGCUUCCCAGAAAGGGUGACGCAGGAAUACCUCCAUAGUCUUCUGCAGUCGGCGAAGAUGGUGCACAUGAAUAUGCUUCGCGUGUGGGGAGGUGGUUACUACGAAUCCGACGAAUUCUACGACCUGGCGGACGAGAUGGGCAUCAUGGUGUGGCAGGAGAUGAUGUUCGCCACCAGCCUUUAUCCGGCGCACAACAAGUUCCUUGCUGACGUCAGCGUUGAAGUUCAGCAGCAGGUUCGUCGCUUGCAGCGGCAUCCAUCCAUUGUCCUGUGGGCCGGUAACUACGAGAUUGAGCAAGGAAUCGCUUUGAAGUGGUGGCCGGAGAUGCUUCUUCGCGAUAUGCGACACAGGCUCGACUACCGCCUACUCUUCGUCGACACUAUACAGAAGAUAGUGGAGCAAGAGGACGGCUCACGACCUUACAUCCUGUCCAGCCCAACAAACGGCAACGCUAGCUUCAACGAAGAAGCCAUUGCCACGAACCCAAACACCAGGCGCUACGGUGACGUUCAUCACUUCAACUAUCACGACGACGGCUGGGUCUACCAGAACUACCCCUUGGCUCGCUUCGUGUCGGCGUAUGGUUUCCCGUCGUACCCUUCGCGAGAGCUGAUGGAAAAGUUUGUUGACAGUAAUGAGAGUACAGAGGCGAUUUCGCCAGAGUCCAAAUUUUUGAAGCAUCGAGAUCACAGGACUGGAGGAUCGGAAGAGGCAUCACGUAACUUCCACAAACACUUCCGGUUCCAGAUGGAAAGUGGUGAAAAGGGCUACGAUAUGAUAUCCUACCUAACGCAGCUGCAACAGGCCGAGUCGGUGCGCAUAGCCACCGAGUACUUUCGCCGGAACAGGGCUCACAUGGAUGACAAAAACUACGGGCAUACUAUGGGCGCUAUGUACUGGCACCUGAACGACGUGUGGCCCGGUCCUAGCUGGUCUUCUAUUGAGUACGGUGGCCGUUGGAAGAUGCUGCACUACUUCGCGCGCAAUUUCUUCAGCCCAGUGCUGGUGUCAGGAUUCCUUGAGUGGAGGUAUCUGACGGCCACGCUCAAAGUCUGGAUCGUCAACGACCUGCGACGCAAUCUAGGUCCAGUCAAGCUCUCCAUCAAACAGUACGCUUGGACGCAGUUCGAACCAGUCAGGGAGAACAUUACCGUAAUCGACGACGUGGUAAGCAAUACAUGA